CCAAACAUGGUUAAGCUCUGUAGUAUGCAUUUGAAUCCCAGCUAGAAGUCUAUAAUAUGAUCUUUGUCUAUGGUUAACCGGGCAGAUGUGCAGCCUGUGGCUGAACAAUAGGAAUAUGUCAUUAGCAGGUUGCUUCCAGAAGCUCAUUCCAAAUAUUAGAACAGUUUCCAGUUGUGGUGUGAUACAAUAGUGAAAUAUUCUCAUGUUUUCAGAAGUACAUGUAAGUGGGUUUCGACUUUUAUAUUACUGCGGAGGCUAAUUAAAAUGAUGUCUUUGUUAUGUUAAUCUGGGGAAUGCGGCUUUGUUGUGUUAAACACUGAGAAAGUUUGCGCUAACAGUUUGUUUUUGCUUUAGAGUGUGAUAAGAGAGUGCUAUUAACCAAUUGGGAUAGUUGUUAUGGUUUUGGUGUAUUUGAAGAUACUGUAUGCGCGGGGUUUUGGGGCAGAAGACGGGAGAGCGAGACAGAGGAUGGACCAGGUGCUGUGAGCCCGCUAACGAGGUUGGACCCCGAGCGGGACGUUUGGUGAGGAGACGGAGACGGACUCGUGUGGAGCGUCUGGUCGACCACCGUUGUUGGUCCCAGGCGGCCGGUCGAGGUGGUCCGAGGGGUCGCAGGGUGAAGAAGAAGGUCCUUGAGCUCCAACAGUUUUGUGCACGAAGAGAUUGAACUUUGAUAAGAGAAAGCACUAUGGCAGUAAAUGUUGCCGGAGCUCUGUCAAUGGGCAUUUUUUAUCUUCUCUUUCUUGCGGUUGGUAUCUGGGCUGCAAGAAAAGGCCAAAAAGUUGAAAGAACAUAUGCAGGUGAUCGCUCUGAAAUGCUAAUAAUUGCAGGAAGAAGAAUUGGAAAUAUUCUAGGCAUUCUAACAACCACAGCCACGUGGGUUGGUGGUGCCUACGUCAAUGGCAUAGCUGAGAUGGUGUACCGGCCAGACGCUGGCUUAGUGUGGACUGUAGCCCCUUGGACUACUCUACUCUGUUUGUUCACCGGUGCAUUAUUUUUUGCCAAGAAAAUGCGAAGGCAGAAGUAUGUAACCAUGUUGGAUCCCUUUCAGCAACGUUAUGGCAACUGCAUUGCAAGCCUUAUAUUCAUUCCAGCUAUAAUUGGUGAAAUAUUCUGGUCUGCUGCCAUUCUGGCAGCAUUAGGUACAACUUCCAGUGUCAUGUUGGACCUGAACAAGGAUAUAUCAAUGGCGAUCUCAGCCUGUGUAGCAAUGAUAUACACUUUACUUGGAGGUCUGUACUCUGUGGCAUAUACUGAUGUUGUUCAGUUAGGAUGCAUCUUCUUUGGUUUGUGGCUCGCUGUUCCUUUCACAAUUCAAAAUCAAGCUGUUACAAGCCUCAAAAUCACAGCAGUUCAGGAGGUCUAUCAGAAGCCCUGGCUAGGCAAAAUUGAUGAGAUAUUUAUUGGAAGAUGGAUAGAUAAUCUUUUUAUAAUGGUGUUGGGUGGAAUACCGUGGCAAGCCUAUUUUCAACGUGUGCUGGCUGCUUCAUCAUCAAAAAGUGCUCAAAUAUUAUCAAUAGCAGGAGCAUUCGGUGGUUGUAUUAUGGGCGUUCCUUCAGUCCUGAUUGGCUCAGUUGCAGCUUCCACAGACUGGAAUCAAACCUCUUAUGGUGCCAAGUCUCCUUUCGAAAUGGGGGAGGCUUCUAUGAUCCUGCCGAUAGUCCUCCAAUAUUUGUGCCCGCAUUACAUUUCUAUUUUUGGAAUCGGCGCCAUUGCUGCUGCUGUCAUGUCUUCAACAGACUCCUGUCUCCUUUCAUCCAGUUCCAUGUUCACCUAUAACAUUUAUUGGAAAAUUCUCAGACCAAAGGCCUCAGAGAAGGAAAUCCUGUAUGUGAUGAAAACCUCAGUCCUUCUGGUGACAGUACUAGCCACUGUCCUUGCUCUCUUCACUAACACCAUUUAUGGCCUUUAUGUAUUAAGUGCUGACAUAGUGUAUGUUGUCAUUUUUCCACAGCUCGUUUGUGCUCUGUAUGUUCCAUGCGUGAAUAGGCUUGGAUUUGUCACAGGAGUUUUGAUAGGGGCAUUGCUCAGGAUUACUGGAGGCGAACCCCUUUUCCAUUUGCCGCCUAUUAUCCACUAUCCUGGAGGUUAUUUUCAAAACAACUAUUAUGUUCAGACUUUCCCUUAUAAAACAUUUGCAAUGCUCUCCUCUUUGAUUACAACUGUAGUAUUGUCACAUAUAAGCAAAAUUAAAUGGCCAGAGGGUUCUGGUACUGUGUUUACCUUGACAGGAAGACCAGGUGAGAUGAGAAACACUGAAUUAUUGCAUCAAUAAACGAAAAUAGGCAUACAAUAUACAGUACAAUCACACUGGUGGAGGAAGAACUUGGAAUCUAAUUUUCUUACUCAAAUCAGUUCAUUGAGCUUCUAUAAUGCUCACUAAUUAUAAAGCUUUGCUGCAUUUCCAUUUGUAAUAAGGAAUACAUGUUUAAUUAUGCUACUAACAGGGCACUACAGCAAAUCUGGGAAAAUUAUUAAUUAUGCCUUCAAACUUCAGACUCAAUGGUUAGGAUGGUCAAGAUACGACAGUGCUGUGAAAUCUUUCUUGUUUGACACAAUUAAUUUAGACAUUUCCAUAUUGCUUUACUGGCUGGCAUCUUUUAACACAAUAUUUUAAAAAGUGACCUUGAGGUGAUCUCAGAUGAGAUCUUGCUUGUGAGGAGGAUUAUCUGUAUAAAAUAAUGAACUAUGCGAAUAUAUUUUAUUCACAGACUUUAGAUGAUUUGCCCUUGGAUAAAGGUUGAAAGCUCAGAAAUUAGGGAUAGUAUCAAUUCCAAAGAAGAAGCAUACAAAUUAGCCAGAGAAAGUGGCUCACCUGAGGACUGGGAGAAAUUCAGAGUUCAGCAGAGGAGGACAAAGGGCUUAAUUAGGAAGGGGAAAAAAGAUUAUGAGAGAAAACUGGCAGGGAACAUAAAAACGGACUGUAAAAGCUUUCAUAGAUAUGUAAAAAGGAAAAGACUCGUAAAGACAAAUGUAGGUCCCCUGCAGACAGAAACAGGUGAAUUGAUUAUGGGGAGCAAGGACAUGGCAGACCAAUUGAAUAAUUACUUUGGUUCUGUCUUCACUAAGGAGGACAUAAAUAAUCUUCCAGAAAUAGUAGGGGACAGAGGGUCCAGUGAGAUGGAGGAACUGAGUGAAAUACAUGUUAGUAGGGAAGUGGUGUUAGGUAAAUUGAAGGGAUUGAAGGCAGAUAAAUCCCCA